UAUUCGCGUUCAGGUUUGUUCACAGGGUUUGCCACGCGGUUCUGAUGUUUCGAUUUAUCUUGUCGGGUCAUUCGUUGUUGCGAAGAACGGGUCAUGGCUUAUGUCAAUGUUGCCGAAUGGAAAACCGAUCAAGUUUGCGAAUGGUUGAAAGGUCUGGACACGUCGGUACUUCCGUACGUUCAUGGCUUCACCAACAAUGCGGUGAACGGGCAACAAUUGUUGAACCUGAGAUCGGAAGAUUUGGAACAAUUGGGGGUACUGAAGUUGGGACAUCAGGAAAUAAUUUUAGAAGCGGUGGAGUAUCUGAGAAAUUUUCAUUAUGAGCUAGAUAGAGAAAAUUUGCAAUUGUUAGCUCUGCAUCUGUCGUGCAAGGCUCACAGUUUGCGCAACGAGUUGUCCAGGCAGACAGAUUCCAAGCCUGUUACGACUCAAACUCUGUCCGACGUAGCUUCAGUGGUGAUGGCUGUGAAACCUUUGGUGAGAUGGUUGGACAGGCCCCCUUUUGGCGGACAGCUCGAGUACAAUGACAAAAAAUCACAGUUGCUCAAAUUGUCCUUGGAAAUGGCGACUUGCGCUCAGAGAGACAGAUUCGCAGAGAAGCCUAUAGAAGAGAUACGAAGUACCUGCCGGCGAUUAGCAGAAUUAGCCGAUUAUGUUAUACAGGAUAUUGUUGAUCCUAUGAUUCUUCAACCAGCCAGUUUGGAUCUUGCAACGUUGAAGAAAAGACCCGGCGAUGAUCUGGGCUUCUACAUUUUGCCGUCGUUUCACGGUAAUCAUCAAAUAGCGGAAAUAAAAUUCGGCUCGGCCGCUCAUACGUGCGGAAAAAUGGAAGAAGGCGAUGAAAUAGUUCAAGUUAAUUAUCAGACGGUAGUCGGAUGGGAACGGAAAAAUGUGGUCGAAUUGUUUACAGAGAGUCCGGCCGAAGUUUUGCUCACACUCAAGCGUAGACCCAGGCAUACCAAAGUUUAUGGUCAAAUUUACAUAAAGCCAUACAGAUUACCGAGCAAUAAAAAAACUCCGUACGCCACAAGGUGGCAACAUAAUCUUCCAUCGCCGAGACCGGAAUUACUCACCAUACCCGAUUUUACGAUGCCAUUACCAAGGCAUGUGACCAAAGAGCCAAUUCCGGAACGAUCGAGUAUAACCAUAGACAACAGCAAUAAGAUUACAGCGAGCGGCAUGCUAACUGUCAUGGUAGGCUCCGCGAUCUCAGCGACCAAUACGAGUGAUGCUAACGGUAAACGCAUUAUCAGCCGCAUCGACGACCGUGGCUCUAGUAGCAGCAGUAGCAGCAGUGGUAAUGAUUCGGACAGUGAGAUUGAACCGCGACUGUCGAGAAGAUUGUAUGGAAGUAAGCCGCGUAAUUUGGUACAGCGACGAGCGACGAUAACUGGAGCGAGUCCGACUACAAAGCAUGGGGUCGACAUAGAACAAUUCUGGAAAGAAUUAAAGCAAGAGCAUAGCACAAGUUUCCAGCUACGCGAUAAAGCGGCAUCCUGCGCCCACGGUCUUGAUAACGUACAAUCGUCCGACAGUAGGCCACAGACCUGUCUCGGUAUAGAGCAAACGAAGCAACAGCAGCAGCGAAAGAAACAAAGAGACGAGGAGCGGAAAGUACAGUUUGACGAUAAAAUGAGACAAUAUAAUUGCAAAGAGGAUAUUUCGCAAUCCGAACGAAUGGAAAAAGUGGUCAGCUAUCGAACGACGGCAAUCGGAUCGGUGGCAAUAAGCAAUACAAUCAAUCAUAGUGAUAUUUCAGUGCCUUUGGAUAAGUGCGAUGAGAUUUGUGGCUCGUUACAACAUAUAGAUAACGACGAUGAUGAUGCAAGUGGAGGAGGAGAGACUGUCGCCGUUACCGGAGCUCGGAAAGAACGUGGCAAAUUGGAUAAGAGUUACAGCACACCAGCUUACGACAUUGACGAACCGAAUCUCAUCGAAAUAAUUGAUAAGUCAUCGAGCAAUCAAACUGAUAACUUGGUCAACAAUUUAACUAAGAACCCAACUAGUAUUAAGACUAUUGAGACUGAUACAAAAUUAAGCAAUGAAACAUUGGAUACCAAACGAGUUGCGAAGCUUCCGUCACCGUUGCCUACAUCUUUUUUUGAUGGGAUCAACGAUGAAGAAGAGGUCAAGAAUAGAAGGGAAAACCAAUUGGACAUUGUUUCAAGCGUAGCUCAACGGGUUGAACGAAUCGAAUGUAUGCAACAGCAACAAAGUCGAAUGAAUCAUCAAUCGCAUUUGAAUGACAAAAAGCCAAGAGACGAUGAUGAGAAUUCAUGCAGUAGCAGUAAAGAGGAUGACUGUAAGGAGACGGGACUUGGAAAUUUCAACAGUCAAGUUAAACGGUAUGGAAGGAUGACGACGACGUCGUCGGUAGCUUUACCCGGAUCAACAAUACUCUUGGAGACAACUAAUGGAGAGAGCGGACGAGAAUUGAAAAACCGUGAAAGUAGUGAAGAUAAAACGGAAUCUGCGAACAGUUACGUCGAAGGUGUUGGUAAUAUAAGCAGUGGCGAAACGGACAUGUCCUAUGAAAAAUGUAAGAGGAACGAGGAGAGUGGUUGGUCUUCUGUUUUAGCUCAAACUUUCGAUGGAACGAACGGUGAAGAUUCGAAGCAUGCGACUGGUAAUGAAAACGAUGGCUUUCAAAAAAUGAAGGUCGACCCAAUGAUGUGCACCAGCAGCAGCAGCAGCAGCAGCAGCAGCAGCAGCAGCAGCAGCCAACAGCGAGUCGACACUAAUUAUUCGAAUCCUUCUUUCGCAAUAAUGUUGAAUAAUAAAUCAGACUCGAAUAAUUCUUUGUCCAAGGGAAUGGAAAUGAACUCGAGGAGAUUGACCCCACCCGAACCACCGCCUCGAAAAUAUUUUUCGAAACCAUUGUCGUUGUACGAUACUGGGGUUCUUCCGGUUUGUCUUGAUGGUGAAUUACCCAGCGAACCGGGUAUGAUGACAGCGGUAGAGAAAUUAGUGCCUCCGAAUGUAAAAGACACGGAUAGCGAGGGCUACGGCGACAGGGGGGAAUAUCGUGAUUUCGUCGAAAAAUCGAACGAUUUUAUAGAUGAAACGCUCAACGAUAAUUCAUCCUAUUUGAUCGAUCAUUACGGGUACACAGAAAUUUACGAGGGCCCAACGAAAGCGGUGACGGUGGCGGUGGCGGCGGCGGCGGCAUCGGCUUCGGCAUCGAUGGUAGAAACUAAUACUGAUGAAUACGAGUCUUACAACGAGAAAUUUGGUGGUAGUCUACUUAAUAGCGAACAAGGACACUCAGUUUCACGUAGCGGAGUCGACUCUCCCGAUGGUUCUGGAUUUUCCCGAUUAGCUCGUCCACCCGACGCGAGAGUAAAACAGAUCGUUGACAAUAAGGACAAGCAUUGCGAGAAGGGAGUCGUUAAUCGCGCUAUGAUGGUCGCUCGAAGUAUCGGGCUACACUCCGGAUCUAAUAAAUCUUAUGGUAAUAACUCGCCGAGAAGUACCAGAAAACGGAAUUUACUUCUUGCCAAAAGGAGAAACGUCUCGGUAAAGGAGGUUGGACCGGGAGAACUCGAAGGAUGGUUGACCCAUCGAAGCAGAGGCGCCGGUGGAGCUUGGGCGAGGUCGUGGUUCAUUCUUAAAAGCUCAUCCCUUUACAGGUUCAAAGCUCAGGACAGCCCAAAGUCGGACUGUCUAAUAGCAUUGCCAGGCUUUACCGCGUCGACAGCAACUGAAGUGAAAUCCCGGAAAAACGCAUUCAAAGUUUAUCACACCGGAACAGUGUUUUACUUUGCGGCCGAUAGCGAAGAUUGUCUUGCCCUUUGGCUCGAUGCAAUAAACAAAGCGACUCUUGGUGCGGAUACUCAAAAUCGUACGAGCGGUCUUUUUAGUGAAACGGACGAGAGCGAGAGCGAAUGCAGCGGCGGCGGCGUCGUCGACGUCGUCUCCAAGAUGAAGUCGAAACCAAUGAACAACGUGACGAAAAACGUGACUUCGUCGCCGGUUCAGCCCGUGCUGCCACCACUGCCACCGCCACCACCGCCGUCUCCUCCCUCACAUUCCCACGAAGGGGUGUUUGGCUCGCUGAAAAAAAUAGGACGCAAGGAGAGUACGACCGGUUACAAAGAACACGAGAUCGUAGGAGCGAGCUUGGAUCGGAAAUACUUGAGAUUUUUGGGCUCGAGGAAUCAGAACGUUCCUGUUCCUACAGCACAGUUCCGGAGUUACAGACGCGUAUUACCAACUUCCACUGCCAAUAGAAAACAAGCUUCGAGUCCCAAUUCACCGGAUCUCCGAGUAAUGGUCGCUGGUAGCACGUUCUAUGGAUUGUCCUCGUCUCAAAGUGCAACCGAUGUGCCGAGCACGAGCCAAGAUAUGAGCGAUUAUCGCCGAACGACCGACAGAUCGUCGAGCAUACGCGACGGCGGCGGCGGCGGCGGCGGCGGCGGCGAUAGAGAAAGACGACCAGAGGAUUUACGAGGAUUUAUUACGUUGGAGGAAUUUAUGUUGGGCUGCGGUCAGAGCGGCGUUGGCCAUGAUGAUCCGAACAGCGGCGGCGGUGGCGGUGUCGGUGAUAGCGGUCGGACGUUAUCGCGACUAUGCAACAACGAUGGCGCUUCGUCUUUGCCGAGGGUGACUCCACUAACGAGCGAUCACAUUCACAUACGGCAUAAAAAUUUUGAUGACAGUAGCGUCAUCGGUUCACCCUCUCUCGGGGGAGGAGAAGGAGCGUACGGUGAUUAUUCGAUGAGCAACGGAAUGAUAUACGGACAUCCGCGAAACGGUCAAGAAAAUUCUAUUCGUUCCGUCAUCGAGGGUUCUUUCCAUCGGGAGACAGCAAAAGUUCGGAGUACGGUGCUGCCUGAGAAAAUAUCACAGCAGCAGCUGCCGCUGCCGCCGCCACCGCCGUCACCGUCACCGUCUCCUCAGCCUUCGCAUGACUACCAUAACCGUUAUUGUCCUGAUCAAUUGAGAGCGACGGUCGGGCAUAGCGGCAAAAAAUCCAUCCUUGGCAUUGGCUGCUCGUAUGAGAAACAAAUUUCGGCAAGUGCCGGACUUUAUUCCAACAAGGAGCAAAGUAGUACCGAUCGGACGCGAUGCGAAAAUGCCUUGAGUGGAAUUAGCAAUGAGCAAUUCAACAAUGGUGUACAAAAUUUAGACGAUAAGCGCGAGGAUUCCAAACAUUCUCGAUUUAGCCCCGAAAUUCGCCGUUCUCGUCGUCGCCGCCACCACCACCGGUAUGAUUCCCCUCCCUCUCUCCUCUCGAGGAUCCAAUCUGAAAAGGUUCGUCAUGGUGACGGUAGUAACGACAGCGGCUCCAAAGUUUCGAUCCGAGAACAAUAUUGGACGAGAGAAUCGAGCCCGCUACCACCGGUACAACCUCCACCUUUGACACCUAGAAGAUACGCGCAUGGUUCCGGAUACGCAGGAUCGAGCGGCGAUUUGUCUCGUUGCGCCGCUUCUUCUUCCUCAAACACGUUUGAGAAAGUGAAACGAGAGUCAGAAAAAGCGGCGGUGAUGACUUCCUCGACGGUAACUCGUGAAGGAAGCUUCGAGUUCAAGGAUCGUUCAGUCGUCGGAGACGACGACGGCGGCGAUGAACGUUUGCCCGAAAAAAAUUGGAUCGACUCGUUGCGUCGUGGUAGUGAUAAGAAAAAAACUAGCUCGAGCGAAAAAGCUCGGUUGAAAAACGUUGCGCAGUAUCAACCUCCGCCAAUACCGAGUUGUCCCUUCGAACAGGAUCGCAUGAGGGCCGCUUUUGAAAUGCAUCUGGAUAAGGCGAACGAACAACAGCCGCAUUCUCAGCACAAAACUAAUAGAUUGAAAAGCCUCUUCGGUGGCAAGAGUCCUCAAAAGCCAAAUACUCUCGAUCUGCCAAAAGACAUUCCAAAGACUUUACUCGGAUCUCCGAGACUUCAUCGCGCGCUCUUUCGCGACAAAAGUUGGAGCCAGCAGCAGCAGCAACAACAGCAACAACAACGAGAACAACGAGAGCAACAACGACAACCUGUACGUUCGGCGAGUCAGAGUCCCGGAGAUAGCGGUAUAAGCCAGUCAUUGAGUUCCUCCAGUGGGAAUAGUCAAUCUCAUACUCUCAGUCAGAGCUUCAGUUCGGUCAGUUCGGUAAUGAGCGAUUGGAGCCCGGACACUCCGACGUUUGGCGCCAAAACCUCCAAGGCCUGUAGUACGACGGAAAAUUCGAUCUGUCAAACGAGAUUUUCGAGCGGAAACAAAAAUUGGAUGACGCCACCGAGUUUGCCAUACAUCCCGCCACCAGCGUCAACCCCGCCGCCACCACUGGACGAUUAUCCCGGAUUGGAAUAUCCUCCGGUCUUUGAACCCGGUACUUACUCUCUCACGGAUCCGUCUUUCAUCAAAAACCGUGCUAAAACCGUGCUCUCUUCGCUCUCUUCGAACAGAGGGGGGAAUCAUCGGGCAUCUGGUGAGGGGGUGGAGGAAUAACGACGCUCUCGUUGCUGGAAAUCAAGUACGAAAUGCAAGCCUCUGGGAUAUCGUUUUAUUUCAUUCAUCAAACUUGGUUUUGCAAGAUUGAUCGCACGACUAUUUGACGUUGGAGAAACAGCGCGAGAUCAUGCGAAGUCAAUCUUCCUGCUUCGCUGCUAGGCGGCGAAACAACAUUCUUUGAUACGGCGCGAUAGGCUUUUCAACGAACCGUCCAAAAUUUGUGCCUCCAUUUCAAUAAUACGUAUAAUAAUAACCUCUGUUGAACAUUAAAAAAAAAAAAAAAAAUAUUAACAUGAAGUAGAAGGU